UUUCAAUACAAUUGCGACGGGUAACAGUCCCGAACGAAUAACGGUCGCGAUUAGACGUGUAGGUUUUUCUCACACCGAAAAGCUCUCGAAAACAGUUUGUCGUGUGCUUUACGUAUGGCCAGCUAGACAUGCUCUAUUGGUUGGGUCUUCUUUAUCGACGUAGUUGAACCAAAAGGGAAAAAAAAUCUCAUGUAUGUGUCUUAUAAAAAAUAAUAUGUUCGGAAUUGUGAGCUCGUUUCGUUAGAGCAAUUUGUAAUGAAAACCAUGAAAAUUCAUUGGAUAGUUAAAAAUAUGAUUACAACUGUGAGAAGGAAUAAAUUCAUGGAUAUAUGUUGAAAACAAAAUGAUCAAUUAUUUGUGGAACGUGGCACAAUAAACAAAUACAUAACAAUCAUAUUGCAUGUGAGAAUAGUUACGACAGGAAUCAAAUUCAUCAAUGGUGCAAAGCUAGAUGAAGAACACACAGUUGAUGGAAUUGCAUCAGUGCGAAAGUGGCUGUGAAAUUGAACAUGAAGAAAGAACUUCGCUCCUGCACGGCAUGCGGUGAGCCCAUAUCAGACAAGUACCUGUUAGACGUAGGCGGUUGCUCCUGGCACUCGGCCUGUCUCCGAUGUUGUAUCUGCCACAACCCGCUGGAUCAUCAACCGUCCUGUUUUCUUAGAGACCGCCAGAUCUACUGCAAAAACGACUACACAAAAAGAUUUGGAGCAAAAUGUGCCCGCUGUUGCCGAAGCUUAUCCGCUUCGGAUUGGGUGCGUCGUGCUCGCGAACUAACAUUCCAUCUUGCCUGCUUUGCCUGUGAUAGCUGUGGACGACAGUUGUCCACUGGGGAACAGUUUGCCCUGGUAGACGGCAAAGUGCUCUGCAAGACGCACUACUCGGAAAUGUUCGACUGUGGAACGUCUAGUGAUGACGGCUGUGAAGCGGAUGGUUUUCAGAAGAGCAAUAAAACGAAACGGGUGCGCACAACCUUCACCGAGGAACAACUGCAGAUACUGCAAGCGAACUUCAACAUCGACAGCAAUCCCGAUGGGCAGGAUUUGGAGCGGAUAGCUUCGGUGACAGGUUUGAGUAAACGGGUUACUCAGGUGUGGUUUCAGAACUCUCGUGCGCGUCAGAAGAAGCAUGUUCAAGUUCCUAGAGAUGGUGAUAUGAACCCUUUCAGCAGGCACAUCAAUCUCCAGCUGUCGUAUACAUUUCAACAGUCCAGUAUGAUGCAUAGUCCGAUUCACAUGGGCGCUGUGGGGAGUGUUGUUGGACAUACCGGUAGUAUAAACAACAGUAGCAAUAACAUUAUGGCCGCAGCUUUCAACAAUAACAACAAUAAUACAAACAGUUCGUCAAAGUCCUCACCAUAUAGUAGAAACGAAUCAUCGUUAGACGAGUUAUCUGAGGAUUCCGCUAUCCAUUGCAUGCAAAAUGAGAUGUGAAAUAUUAUUUAUUUGUAAAUGUGGAAAUAUUUAUUAGAAAUGAUUAAUGUAAAAUUUCAGCCUAAUAUUUAUGCAUAUUAAAACAGUGAUUAAAUGUAUUCUAUCGACAUUCAUAUUAA